AUGCACUUAUUAAGAAGGCACAACGCAGGAGACAGAGUGAAGGAACUCAGGAAGGAGGAGGCCUAUAAGAGGAAGGAGGCCUAUAAGAAGGAGGCCUAUAAGAGGGAGGAGGCCUAUAAGAGGGAGGAGGCCUAUAAGAGGGAGGAGGCCUAUAAGAAGGAGGAGGCCUAUAAGAAGGAGGAGGCCUAUAAGAGGGAGGAGGCCUAUAAGAGGGAGGAGGCCUAUACGAGGGAGGAGGCCUAUAAGAGGAAGGAGGCCUAUAAGAAGGAGGAGGCCUAUAAGAGGAAGGAGGCCUAUAAGAAGGAGGAGGCCUAUAAGAAGGAGGAGGCCUAUAAGAGGGAGGAGGCCUAUAAGAAGUAG